AGAGAGGGAAAAUCCGAAUGUGACUAGGGGCCAGAUAGGAGGCUGAAGACGGUGAGUGUGCGACUGUGUUCAGUACUUUGACCUGCAGCUGAAACAGACCAGCUCACAUUUUGUUCACUGGGUAUAACCAAAGGAAGGAUUUGAUUUCACUAAACAAGAUAAGCAAUGUUGAAGCUCUUAAUGCUGUCCGCCAUCACAGCGCUCCUCCUGCUGGUAGAAGGGGGAAUGUCUGCGAGGACUCAGUCCCGCACUAAGAGAGAACUGGCCAGCCCGCUGCACCUCAGAGGGAUCCGGGACCCCUUUGGCUCCUACUGUCAGAGGAGAGGAGGCUGCUGCCCCGGGCGAGAUGACCAGUGCACUGUGCCUUACCAGGACACCAUCUGUUACUGCGACCUGUUCUGCAACCGCACCGUGUCCGACUGUUGUCCAGACUUCUGGAGCCACUGCCUGGGAACAACUCCUCCAUACCCUCCCAGUUCUUGUGAAAGGAAUGGCCACAGAUUUCACUCAGGAGCAACAUACAAAGAGAACUGUAAUUUAUGUACAUGUGGUCAAAAUGGACGCUGGGAAUGUGAGCUACAUGCCUGUCUGAUAGAGGAUGACAUGAUCCAGGAAAUCAACAGGAGAGGUUAUGGUUGGAGGGCCACAAACUACAGUCAGUUCUGGGGUAUGACUCUGGACGAGGGUCUGCGGUAUCGUCUGGGAACACAACGCCCCUCACGGACCAUUAUGAACAUGAAUGAGAUCCAGAUGAAUAUGAAUGGAAACGAUCAUCUGCCAAGUUACUUUAAUGCAGCAGACAAAUGGCCAGGGAAAAUCCAUGAGCCCCUGGACCAGGGGAACUGCAAUGCAUCCUGGGCUUUCUCAACUUCAGCUGUUGCAUCAGACCGGAUCUCUAUUCAGUCAAUGGGUCACAUGACCCCUCAGCUCUCACCUCAGAAUCUGAUUUCCUGUGACAUACGUCAUCAGGGCGGCUGCUCCGGUGGGCGUAUCGAUGGGGCCUGGUGGUACCUAAGGAGAAGAGGGGUCGUGACAGAGGAGUGUUACCCCUUCUCUCCGCCCCAGCAAACUCCUGCUGAAGUGGCUCGCUGUAUGAUGCAAAGUCGAGCAGUGGGCCGGGGAAAGAGGCAGGCCACAGCACAUUGUCCCAACAGCUACAGCUACCACAAUAAUAUCUACCAGUCAACCCCACCAUACAGAUUGUCCUCCAAUGAGAAUGAGAUUAUGAAAGAGAUUAUGGAUAAUGGCCCUGUGCAAGCCAUCAUGGAGGUCCAUGAGGAUUUCUUUGUGUACAAAAGUGGAAUUUACCGACAUACAGAUGUCAAUUACCACAAACCAUCAGAGUACCGCAAACAUGCAACGCACUCUGUCAGAAUAACAGGAUGGGGAGAGGAAAGAGACUACAAUGGCAGAACACACAAAUACUGGAUUGCAGCCAACUCAUGGGGGAAGAACUGGGGCGAGGAUGGUUACUUCAGGAUUGCUCGUGGUGUAAAUGAGUGCGAGAUCGAGACGUUUGUGAUCGGUGUGUGGGGCAGAGUAACCAUGGAAGACAUGCUAAACCAUCAUCACCAUCAGGGACGCCGCAAGUAGAGAUCUGCAGUGUACGCCUCAUUGUAUGAUUUAAACCACAAUGUCAAUCAGGUCUUUUGCAGGUUUGUUAGAGUCUGAUUUCCACCAUACCGACCAAACCCAAGUCCCUUCUGAAUAUCUGUUCACAUUGUAUGCAUAAAAAGUGGUGUCCACUGCCCCACUCUGCCCCACAUCUUCACUGGAGUUUUGGUUUGGAAGAAUAUUGUCUUAUUGGUGGAAACCAGCUUGUUACACUCCUUGACUUGACCUCAAAUAACAGCCACAGGACUCAGAUGCACUCAGGACUCAGUAUUCCAAAGACACACUUCACAAGCACACAUGCUCUCAGCAUCACAAUGUAGCUGUCUCAAAUGUCUAAUAUAGCGAUAUAUCAGGAUGUGUCUUUUGUUUUGUUUUGUUUAGUUUUUUUCACUACAUUUGGGAAGCACUACACACCAAGUCAGACAGCACUCCAUACAUUCUGCUAAAAGGAUAGAGGGAUGGAGGAACACCAGGGUUGGGGGAAGAAGAAGGUUUUAGGACCAAUAAUUAAUUCCAAAAAUAGCCUAGAAUAGGUUUGUGACAGUUCUCUGCAUUCCGCUGAGAUUAAGGUUGUUUAAAAUUCUUUAAAGCAUUUUAAUCCACUCCAGUCUUUGUUUCAAAGUCGGAUUCUGUUAGGUUGGCUGUUAAAUAAAGUUUAAGAGAGAUUUUACAGAUACAGGCCACUUUCUUCACAAUUGAAAACAACUGCUAUUUGCUCUCAUUUUAGAAUAACAGGAAGCAAACCAAAAAGAAAUUGUUUUCAUGCUAUGAGACCAAAAAUGGACAUCAGUUGCUGCAAUUUUGAAUAACCCUUUAAAAUCCAUCAGAAUUUAAAGGCUGGAAGUGGUUUGGUCAUGUAACCUAGAACUUAAUGUGAGCUUCAGGGCAAAUAUACAAAGGCCAAGAUGACUGUUUAUCAUCAGGACCGUUGGUUGAAACUGUUAUAGUGUGUUGGUUAUGUUGCGCACAGAUUCAGUGCAAGAAUAAAAUCUGUUUAAGUCUUUAGCUAUUGUAAUCUGUAAAAUAAUAAGAUUACACAAACACUGACGUAAAUCUUUUUUUUUGUUGUUGUUGUUGUUCUUGUGUCUGUUAUGUUGAAUUAUUUAAAUGAUUACUAUUGCCAUUAGUAUUUAAAAAUCUUUCUUUGCUAUUCUUUUACAUAAAAAAGAAAAACAUCUUAAAUAUAAGAUUUUAGAAGUGUAAAGGAGCUAAUACCACAGGGGCGAAAGUGCACAUGGGUUUGGAUUCAGUGCUGAAUUAUUAACGUUUUGUUGUGUAAUUCAGGCAAAACCGCAAUUUACCAGACAUCAUAUAGGAUGUUUGCUUCUCAAAUAUACAUUUACAUAUAUGUGGAGAUUAGUGUGCGUUAAUAAGCUUGAGACAGAUAUUGCUGUCAUAAAACAUUGCGGACUAUAAUAUCAUGCAUGCGCCACAGCUCCGAGCAAACCCAUCUGCUGACUUUGAUAAUGAUAAUGUCAUUAUUAUGGUGACAUGACUAAUUGAGAAUCCUUAUACAGGCAUUUGAUUCAGCAAUACACACUCACAGACAGGAAGACAGGGGGUCUUUCAGUAUAAAUUCAGCAACAGAUGUGAUAUUCUGCCCACCGGUCCAUUAACAUUCAAAGAAACGUGUUCUCUUUUAGUCAUACAAGAAGUUUCUAUUAAGAUAAAGCAGUUAUAUGCAGCCAGAUGAGUCUAGCAUAUGGGCUCAUGUCAUAAAUAUUCAAUGUCUUAAUCUUGCCAGAGUUUACAUUACGAUUCAUAUUAUACCCUACACUGAUUUGAGCUCAAGCUGGAUCAUUCUCAUUUUGACAUCCUUCAGUUCUGUCUUUCAGUUCUGUAAUUAUGAACGAAUACUGUGUUAUUUAAGAACAAAGUCUGUCUGUAAAUAAUGCAUCGCUGGUUACUACUGUGCAAUGUUACUAUGUUGUCAUAUUGUCUAUACACAAUGCACUGUUCACCUGUGACACAAUAAAAGUCCUACAGCAUUAUA